AUGUUUCUGUUGGUGGCAGUAGCAGAAGUGCUGUUUGUUCUGGGUUUGGUGUGGAAGUCAGAUUCUCUUUGCUCACCCACUACUUUUUACAAAAACUGCUGGAUCCGACGCUUCCCGGGUCUUUUGGUUGAUCUGGAGGAAUCUCAGAAGAGGGGAGCCCAGGUGCUGAAGAUUUACACAGAAGUCACAGCCCAGCAGUGCAGCCGGACCUGCUGCCUUCUGAAGAAUGUUUCCUGUAACCUGGCAGUUUUCUACUUUGAAACUAUCCAUGAGAACAUUAAUUGCCUGCAUAUUUACUGUCCAGCCUUGGAAAGCUGCAUAUUGAGGGCUAGAACCAAUGUCCUUUUGUACAACAUCACAACAGGGAUUGAUCCGGAUCUUCUUGUUUUUGAAAAAUUGUCUUAUAAGGAUCCAAAUACCCGUUCCUCUUUUAACAAGUGGGAAAGGCAAAACAACUCCAGGACUGCUGAUUCAGAAAAAUGCCAACACAAUAAUGUCACACUGAGGUCUCUUCUACUCCAGUCUCCAUCUUCUACCACUAGCCAGGGCUUGGUAGCAAAUGAUAGUCACAGCCACAAUGCAAGUGGCUUGGUCCCAAAAACCAAACCAACCACACGUUCAUGGGCAAGGUCUCUACCCUUGGAUGACCAUUUUGCUAAGGAGACGGAUUUGACUUCAGAAAGUACAGGUUUGACAUCUAAUUCAGACAAAAAGAUGUCUGUAUCCACUAAGAUGUUAUCUCAUGUGCCCAGUCCUGCUCGCCUAAACAUCAGUCAGCAGCACUUCAAUGAAACCAAAGGAUACAGUGGCAGGAACUACACUUCAGAUAACGAGGGUCAAAAACCUGCUUGGGUGGCAGUGGAUACAGGUGCCUGGUUUGUGCCUUUGGUGCUUUGCUCUUCUUUCAUCUUCCUUUGCUGUUGUACUGUUCUUCUGGCAGCUGGGCGCUGCAGAAAGAGGAGAGGUCACUAUAAGCCAGUGCAGAGAGGAGAGGGAGGGUCCAGGCAGUACAUAAAAUAUACUCUUGUAAAGGAUAGUUUGUAA